UUUGCUCGGAACCCAGCCUGCGAGUCUUCUGAUGCAGAGAGCGGCUCGCUAAACAUGUCCUGGGGAAAGGGCACAAAGGGAGAAGAAAACCUCUAAGGGAGUGGUCAUUCUAGGACCCUCAUCCAAUUUGGGUUCAAAACUCAAAGUUGCCAGAUACAGAUCAGUUAGCGGAUGGCAGUAACUUAUAUUUGCGUGACCCCUAUUAGCAUCCGUGGAGAGGUGUGCAGCUUCCAGAUGUCCUAUCAGGUGUUCGGCACCUGAUGCCCACCAGGGUGCCUUGCGGUGGAAGAGAGAGCCCUGUUCUGUAGAAGAGGAAACCCAGCAUUUCAAAGAAUGGCCCGGAGGUCCUGUAAAAAGCAUCCACAAUAAGACUUUCUUUUAAAGACUUGUAUUUUUUUAAGUUUAUUUAUUUAUGUUGAGAGAAAGAGCAGGAACAGAGGAGGGGCCAAGAGAGAGGGAGAGAGAGAAUCCCAAACAGGCAGUGCAGAGCUCAAUGCAGGGCUUGAUGUCACAAACAGUGAGAUCAUGACCUGAGCUGAAAUCAGGUGCCUAACCGACUGAGCCACCCAGGCGCCUCUAAAGACGAUUGUUAAGUCACCUCUACACCCGACGUGCGGCUCGAACUCAUAACCCCGAGAUCCAGACUCAAAUGCUCUACUGAGCCAGCCAAGUCCCCCGCCUCCACAAAUAAGACGUUUAAGUCUGGCCCUGCGAUUCCGAAGCCAGUGCUCCUUCUAACUGGCUACAUGGCUUCCCCUCUGUUAUCUUGACUCACACAACAAAUGAGACAAGCAGGGUUUGUGUCAUUAUCUUCCCUGUGCUACAACCCAGAGAACCGAGGUGGAGAGGCUAAAUGCUUUGCUUGGGGUUGCUUGCAUGGGUGGGGGUAGAAGUGACCUUCAAACCCAGACCAUGUGAAUGGAAUCAAAGCCUUUCUGCUGCGUCAUCUUGCUUAAUGUGUCGGGAACCACCACCCCACCUGGCUGCACACGACAUGCACACGCCCACACUUGGUUUGGAUCCAUCACUGGGUAAGCUAGUCUUGAGUAUCCGGGGAGCCCAGGAGGAGGAGCCGACAGACCCCCAGCUGAUGCGACUGGACAACAUGCUGCUGGCCGAGGGGGUGGCGGGCCCCGAGAAGGGUGGUGGCUCGGCGGCAGCCGCAGCCGCAGCAGCGGCUUCGGGAGGCGCGGGCUCAGACAACUCCGUGGAGCACUCCGAUUACAGAGCCAAGCUGUCCCAGAUCAGACAGAUCUACCACACGGAGCUGGAGAAGUACGAGCAGGCGUGCAACGAGUUUACCACCCACGUGAUGAACCUGCUGCGGGAGCAGAGCCGGACCAGGCCCAUCUCCCCCAAGGAGAUCGAGCGUAUGGUCAGCAUCAUCCACCGCAAAUUCAGCUCCAUCCAGAUGCAGCUUAAGCAGAGCACGUGCGAGGCCGUCAUGAUCCUGCGCUCCCGGUUUCUGGACGCGCGGCGGAAGAGACGGAAUUUCAACAAGCAAGCAACGGAAAUCCUGAAUGAAUAUUUCUAUUCCCAUCUCAGCAACCCUUACCCCAGUGAGGAAGCCAAAGAGGAGUUAGCCAAGAAGUGUGGCAUCACAGUGUCCCAGGUAUCAAACUGGUUUGGAAAUAAGCGAAUCCGGUACAAGAAGAACAUAGGUAAAUUUCAAGAGGAAGCCAAUAUUUAUGCUGCCAAAACGGCUGUCACUGCUACCAAUGUGUCAGCCCAUGGAAGCCAAGCUAACUCACCCUCGACUCCUAACUCAGCUGGUUCUUCCAGUUCUUUUAACAUGUCAAACUCUGGAGAUUUGUUCAUGGGCGUGCAGUCACUCAAUGGGGACUCUUACCAAGGGGCCCAGGUUGGAGCCAACGUGCAGUCACAGGUGGAUACCCUUCGCCAUGUUAUCAGCCAGACAGGAGGAUACAGUGACGGACUCGCAGCCAGUCAGAUGUACAGUCCGCAGGGCAUCAGUGCUAAUGGAGGUUGGCAGGAUGCCACUACCCCUUCAUCAGUGACCUCCCCUACAGAAGGCCCUGGCAGUGUUCACUCUGAUACCUCCAACUGAUCUCCCAGCAAUCGCAUCCCGGCUGACCCUGUGCCCCAGUCGGGACAGGGCCAGGAGGGAGGGUUUCUCUCCCAACGCUGAAGCGGUCAGACUGGAGGUCGAAGCAAUCAGCAAACACAAUAAGAGUCUCCUUCUCUUCUCUUCUUUGGGAUGCUAUUUCAGCCAAUCUGGACACUUCUUUAUACUCUCUUCCCUUUUUUUUUUCUGGGUAGAAGCCACCCUUCCCUGCCUCCAGCUGUCAGCCUGGUGCCCGCCAUCUUUCCCGCCCCUUCCCUCUGUCCUAGACUCCCGGGGCCCCCGCCCUCUCUUACAUCACGGAAGGAUAUUUUCAACCAUUAGAGGAAUUUAAAGAGGAAAGAAAAUACAAAGAAAAUAAUAAACGUGUUUGUAUGUUUUCA